AAAAAUUCUUACUCUGGUUCGGCGUCAUUUUAGUUGUUAUCUAGUCAUCGUGUGAAUAAACACUAAACCUGUUUGACCUUAAUUGUACAUUAGUUAUUAUCAUUGAAGGACAAUGGCAUCUUUAAAGAAUACAGCAAAGCUACCAUUUUUGACAAUAUGGAAAAGAAUUGCUAAUCCUAUAAUCUCUGUAUCUAGUCAUAAAGAUUGGUUGAAAUAUGUACCUGAACGAACAAUGGCUGGACAUAGCAAAUGGGCUAACAUAAGGCAUACCAAAGGUGCCAAAGAUCAUGCGAGAGGCCAGCUAACUCAUAAACUGACACAAGCUAUUCGGAUAGCAAUUAGAGAGGGAGGAAGCGCUGAUUUGAAGUUGAACACAAGCCUAGCAAAUGCAGUUGCAAGAGCCAAUGGGAAUGAUGUCCCCAAGGCUACGAUUGAUAAAGUCCUCAAACAAGGGAAAGAGGAUGCAACAAAUGCUACCAGGUACCUAGCAGAGGCCCGUGGUCCUGAUGGAACUGUUUUUAUAUUUGACUGCUACACUGCAAAAUCCAAAUUCCUUAUGUCCAACAUGAAGAAUGUCUGCAAACGUCACAAGUA